AUGAAUAUGUUUGAUCCUCAGGGCGUCGAUCCGGAGGAUGUUGACCCAAAGGCUAGUGAUUCAGAGGUCUCGUUCGGCACUGACGACCACAUUCCGCCUGAAUUUCCGGAAGCUUUGGAGGAAGAUGAAGAGGACGACCGAGUUGUUGCACUGAUGCAAUUCUUCAAGCAGAUGCUGGCGACGCGGCCAGAAAUAGUACGUGGAGUCCGUGUUUGGAAGCUGUUGCGCUACUUGCCGUCGGCGUGGCUCCAUGGCAAUCUCAACAAUCUGCACGCAUUGAGUGAACCGACAACACAUCUGGAUCAGUUUUGGUCCCACAGCUGGCACGGGUCGCAGUGGACCAAGUAUGCCAACAUGCUUUACCUGCAUAAUUGCAUGCCGGCAAGCAUUGCAGGAAUAUUAAGUGCAAGCGUAGCCUGUGGCCUCGUCUCAGCAGGAUUUCUGGGUGCACGGCAGGGAUGGUGCCUGCUCUUCGGGUUUGUGGCUUUUUGCAUCACCUUGCUACUUUGGCAUGCGCGAAAGCUGGUGUUUCUAGACAUCGCGUGCAUUCACCAAACUGACGACGCCAGAAGGGCAGAGGCCAUCAUGAGUAUGGGUGCAUUUUUGAAUCGGUCGACUUCCAUGCUGGUUCUGUGGGAUCCUACAUGGGUCACAAGACUGUGGUGCAUCUUCGAAGUCGCUGCAUUGCUACACAGCCGCAGCAAGGCAGACCGCAAGGCAGACCUACAGAUCAUUCCUCCCUUGCUAGGGCCCGCACUUCUGGGCUGCGAGAUGCUGUUAUGCGUGCAAAGCGUGCUAUACUUCUACAUAGAAUCCUCCGUGGCUUCUUCAGACGAGGCAAUUGUCGCGGGAGAACGAUACAUAAUGCUCGUCGGUCCUCUUGGCCUGCUUUUCGGCUUCGUGACGCACACCUGGCGAGGUUAUGCCCGCAGUAUUGAGACGCUGCAAAAGCAACUCCGUGAGUUCAAGGUUGAGCAUGCCAGAAGCGCUUGCUGCGACCGCGGCCACGAAGAAAACUCUGUUAUAUGCGACCGUGAGAUUAUUCUGCAGUGCAUCGCUGCGUGGUACAACUCGCUGGGCAGCUUUGAAUCGCAAGUGCAAACUGAAGUCCGGAUGGCUGUCAUCGACCAGCUUGGAUACAAAGUCUUCACUUAUCAGCGAGCCUUGCUCAUGUUGACUCCACAUGCCUGGCUUCGUCUCGAGUAUGUUUCUAGCCAUGCAGGAGAUGCCAUCCGACAGGUCGCCGACCUGGCCCAGAUGUUCACGUACUUGCUGGCAAUUUUGCCUGUGGUGAACAAACUGGGCAUCUGUUUGUGCUACCGCUUGCGAGCACGAUGUUGCAAUCCCUGUUUGGACUUCUUGCUUUCGAUGGCCGUCGUGAUCGGAAACUUCACGCUCUUCGUCGCCUGCUACGCGGUCCAGCUCUAUGUCUUCCGUCAAAAUGAGCAGGGCCUUCUCCUGAGCGUGACCUCGAUGCUUUCAUGGUGUAUGGUUGCGGUCAUCCUGUGGCGAUGCAUUUGA